GGUUUGCGCCAACACGCACGCGUAUUGACAGUUAGCGCAUACCGGCGUAUACACACGAUACCAGAGAGAACAAACCCAACGGAACGGUACACCAAACAGUGUAUUUUUUUUAGUUUGGAUCGGUCUGCUGGGCGCCGCCGUCCGGUGUCUGUUUGGUGGUGGUUUCAGUCAAGAUUUGCACGGAGAGAUGGCGACGAGAACGUCGGAAUGGGGCGGUGGUGAUGAACACCAACAACAGAGCGAAUUGGACUUGGCUAAUGGGGUGAAAUACGAGGAUUUCAAAACUAAAGAGGCUUUCACUCAAGCACUUACGAAUGGAUACAUAAAAAAUGGCAAAAUAACUUGCCCAAAGAAGAAUGGCCUAAAUGGACAUAUUCCGAUGAAUUCGACUAAUACUGAACCAGAGACCAGCAAACCAAAGAACAGGACUGCAAAGGAGUCGUUCGAGAUACCCAGCAUCGUGACCAUAUUUUUAACACAUUUAGGUUUUUACAUUUUGAUGUUUCUGGGAUAUUUGAGUCAAACGUUGUUUCCGCCGAAAGUAGCUAAAGAGACCAACCGCGAAGGAUAUCCACCGUUAUACAAUAAAUUCGUAACAUUCUACUCUCUGUACUUGUAUAGAAGGAUCAAGGACUGCUGGAAUUAUCCAAUCUGCAGUGUACCAGGAGCUGAAUUGGUUUUAAAAAACCGCGUUUCAGAGGAUUAUGGAUGGACUUUUAAGUUUACUGGGGAGAAAACCAAGUGUUUAAAUUUAGGUUCAUAUAAUUAUUUGGGUUUCGCGGAAAGUGAAGGGCCCUGCGCUGAUGCGGCUGUCGAGUCGAUUGAGAAAUACGGCGUUUCGACAUGUUCAAGUCGACAGAAAUACGGCACGUGCGAUCUGCACGUAGAACUGGAACAAUUAACUGCUGAGUUUUUGGGCACCGAGGAUGCUAUUACUUUCGGGAUGGGAUUCGCCACGAACGCCCUAAAUAUACCAGUCAUUUUAAGCCCAGGCUGUUUGGUGAUCAGCGAUGAAAAGAAUCACGCUUCACUUAUAUUGGGGAUUAGAAUGUCCGGUGCCACGGUGAAAGUGUUCCAUCAUAAUGACGUUGAUCAUUUGGAAAAGAGAUUGCAAGAAGCAAUCGUGUACGGUCAGCCGAAAUGCAAGACGCACACGCCGUGGAAAAAGAUUUUGAUUGUCGUUGAAGGUGUUUAUAGUAUGGAAGGGACGGUCGUUCGUCUACCGGAAAUUAUAGAAUUGAAGAAGAAAUACAAAGCGUAUUUGUAUUUGGAUGAAGCGCAUAGUGUUGGGGCGAUGGGUAAAUGCGGACGCGGCGUCGUCGAUUACUACGGUUGCAACCCGAAGGAUAUUGAUAUUCUGAUGGGUACCUUCACUAAAAGCUUUGGAUCGGCUGGCGGAUAUAUUGCUGGCAGUAGAAGUUUAAUAUCGCACAUAAGGAAGCACAGCUGUGCAUCGAAGUAUGCGACGGCAAUGUCACCGCCGGUGGCCGCUCAAAUCAUAACCGUUUUUAAAAUUCUGAUGGGCAAAGACGGAACCGACGAGGGAAAGAAACGUAUCGAACGAUUAGCGAGGAAUACCAAGUACUUUCGACGACGUUUAGCACAAAUCGGUGUUAUCACCUACGGGAAUGAAGACUCGCCAGUAGUACCAAUCUUAGUGUACCUGUUUUCCAAGAUUUCGUCGAUGGUUCGAACUUUGAUCAAGCAUAAGGUUGCUACAGUCGGCGUCGGAUAUCCGGCCACUCCCUUGAUGCAAGGACGUAUCAGAAUCUGUUUGUCGGCUGCACACACAAAGGAACAAUUGGAUUAUGCACUGGAGACGAUCGACAAGGUGGCCGACGAGCUUGGACUGAAAUAUUCGAGGAAACCUCGUGAUCCUAAUCCAAUUGACUACGAUGCGCUAGAGUUGUACGACUAGAGAGUGAAGUAUAUGUUUUCAAUUAAAUUAUGAAACAGGUCUAUAUUGUUUUUCGAAAUUUAUUAAUUUACGCACAUGUCAAACGACUAAGUCAAUUUAUUUAUUGAAACAAUGGUGAAAAGAAAUUCAAAGUCCAAACAUUACUAAAAACGUGUUGAAAGUUUAUUAGUUCACACGCUUAAAUUUAUUAAACGCACAUAUGAAUAGUAGUCAUAUUCCGCGAGUAUUACUUAGGAAACAAUUGAAGGUGCAUUUAUACUUAAAGUUGACUGUUUUGUAUGCAAUAUUUUCUGUACUAACCAAAACGUGCUGUUUUGAAGCGAAAAAUAAUUAGUGCCUUGGAUUAUUUAAAGUAAUACUAUACAUUAAUUAUAUAUAGAUAAUAUUUAAAAAAGCACAACGUAGACGUUUAUAACCUCAGCUACUUCAUUCGAUAAUUUCUAUACCUUGUAAUUAUUGCUCACAGCAGUAUUAUAUAAUAUUUUAUAUUACCAUGAACAAUGAACGUUUAGAAGAUGAUUCCCGGAUUCAUAGUUUGUAGUUAUCUAAUUGGCAUGCCAUUUUAUUUAGUUUUUGUUGUUGUUUAAUUAAUUUAUUUUGUAUUGCUAUCAUAUUAUUGUUGUUAUAUUAUUAUUUAUAGAUUGGACAAGGUCGAGGUUCUCGUUAGAUGCUUUGUUUUCUUUUGUCAUUUCAUUUCUUCUUCGAUAUUUUUUUUUUGUACAAAAAUUCGACAAUAAAGAC